AUGCAACACAGAAUUUCGAAAUUGCCAGAGCCAAUAUUGCAGCACAUCCUGUCUUUCUUACAUGCUAAAGAUGUGACACGAAUGAGUACAUUGUCUAAGGUUUGGGAUAGUGCUUGGAAGUCACUCCCCUACUUAAAUUUUGGUGAUAUUUUAGACUGGUCAAAAGAUCUGAAUGUUGUUAUAGAUCAAGCUCUAGCAAAUAGGAAAAAGCACAAGAUUUCCAUUCAAAAGUUCUCUCUGUGCUUGUGCUUAGGCCAUUAUGGCGGUCUUUGUUGUGUCAGAAACUGGAUUAAGAUACUCAUAGCUUGUAAUAUCAAAGAGUUGAAUCUAAGAGUAGAAACACAUGAUUAUCGAGGCAACUUCGUAUACGGCAGCUUGCCCCUGGCAAUCUUUGCUGCCAAAUCACUAAAUGUGCUAAGUUUGUCUGGAUUUAGUAUUGAAUUUCCCGCUGAUGAUGCAAUUAAUCUCGAAGAGCUUACGAUCGACAACCUUGAGAUCGACAACAGCUAUGGGAAUAUAAAUGUUGUUAGAAUAACUGCUUGCAAAGCCCUCAAGAUUUUGUUUAUCAGGGGUGUGGAUGUCAACAACAAUUGUUCCUCUGCUUUAAUAAGAAGUUUAGCGUUUGCUUGGGCUGAAGGAAGCGAAAAAGGCCAAAAGAUUGAUAGUUGA